AAAUGAACACCACUCACUCAAUCACAAGCCUUGGUCGCGAACCCGAAGCCUGAGCCUGAACACAACGCGCCCCAAGUUGCCGGCACGCUUCCGCCGCGGCUGGCUCCCACGGCUCUGCAACGAGUGCGCGCGCCAGCCCUCGGCAGCGACAGCUCCAAGGCGCCCCAUUGAAAGCAUUGAGGCCGGCCAGGGAUCCCUUCGCCGCAGCCGAUGGGCUCGCGACGUGCGCGGUGCAGUCGGGUGUUUUGGCGCUGGGGCCCGGACCGCCGAGCGGGCGCUGAGCCAGGGCGCGAGCUGGCAUUGCAGUCAACUGCAGCUGCAGGCUGGCGCGGCAGAGCGGCGACAUUGGCCUGAAACCUGCACUACUCCACAACCCGCUGGACUUGGGUUGGCUAUUGGCCGCUCAAGGACAUGUUGACACUGCCGUCAAUUGCCCCCGAAACUCGCGCCUCUUUUCCGCAACACGGCAAUCUGCGGCAGUGACGUUUCAAGCACAUUCCAGACCGAAAUGACGCAACAGCCAAACUGUGGUUAUGCCGGAUGCAAAUCACCUGCUGUCGACACCUUACCGGUGUGCAGGAUGCACUAUGAUGAUCUUUUAAAGAAAAGGGCCGGUAAAGGUGCUCCUCCGUCUGUGCCAACAGUUAAAGAGAGAAGACCGCCCUCGCCGCCCGCGAGGAAGCCUGCACCUUUUCAUCCCGCCACCACACGACUGCCACCAGAAACGGACCCCGUCCCUGCCAUUGUCAAGAAUGUUAUGAGAAAAACUGCCCCCGGGGGUCGCGGCACGGGUUCCAAGGUUUCUCCAUCAGUACACUGUCAGUCGGCACCUAGCUUGGUCCCCCCGGUCGACAGCUUCGCCCAGCAAGGCGGUCCCGGCCGCAAGAAGCGCCGCCUCGACGACCAGUUAGAAGGAGACCAGGCAGCAAAGAUCUCCAGGGACGCCCGACAGCACAUCUCAGGGCCCCCAAAUCCACGCGCAAGAGAGGGGACUGGACCAGCCAGACCAGUCCACACGUCGUCGCACACUCUGUCAUCCCAAUCUUUCUAUGGUUCCCGACCAACCGCAACGGGCGCGAGCAACACCAGCGCCAGGGCCGUGAGUGUUGAAGCCCGAACGUUCGCUGCAGGUAGAAAAGCAACAACAACAACAGCGGCGGCGGCAGCACCGCCACCGCCAGCACCACCGCCAGCAGCGUCAACAGCAGUACCACUGCCACAAAUACCACCAAAAUCAGCGCCACCGCCAGCACCAGCGGCAUCAGUGGCACCAGCGGCGGCACCUACGGCUACGCAGCCCACAGCCCGAGCAGCACCAAAAAGAAUGGCGGAGGCACCGGUACAGGCGCCAGUGCACGACCACAAUGCGGGACUGAAAGAAUGGUUCAGCCGCGCCUUGACGAAAGAUUUGAUAGGCAACUCCAGAGCAACCACGACACCAGUUGAUACCAGUACCGCGAGUGGGACUCUUCCGCAACCAAUGGUUCUGAGCAUGCCGUUUGUACCCAAAGCCCCCGACAUUAGUAAAGGUGAAAAGCAGGCUCAGCGAGACCAGCGAAGCAGGCUAGCGCAGGCUAGCCCGCCCGCCGAAGACAGACAUCGCGUCUUCACAGCUACCAAGCAGGAUCUGUCUGCUCUGGACGCUUUUGUUUACGGCCAGGAGACGGCUCAGCUACCACCGCCCCGUGGGGUGGUGCUGUCGCCCAAACCCGAGCCCCCAAAGCCUCGCGAUGAGCCAUUCUUUGCGCACUUGGACCCCCGCGUGCAUUGGAGCCGCCCCCACUCGGAGGCGUGGUACGAGGCAAAGCAGAAGGAGAUCAGCGAGCGACCAGACCGCAAGGCCACAUUCGGCAGGGCGGCGCAACGUAUGGCCGAGCGGAGGCGGGCGGAGCGGAGCCAAGCCGCCAAGAGCUCGUCAUCCACGUCCUUGGGUGCCGCCUCUCGAAGCAGACAAGGCUCAAAAAGCUCCAGAGAUGCGCCCCCAGACAAAGGGACCAAGGGCGGAGUCAACGCAGCGGCUCUUGCGCGGCUGAGGAAGUCAUUUGACGCCUGGGACCAGGUCAUCUGGGAGAAAGACAAGGAAGCUACCCGGCAAGAAGGCUUGAAGGACCAUCCUCGAAAGGGCCGUGAAAAGCAAAAACUUAACGGCACUGGACACACCUCGAAACGGUGAGCAUGGUGUCACGCGUCUGCAGCCCACAUGUUUGAACUUGCAAUUGUGCAGUCCAAACACACUCAAGCAGAAUGGAAUGACAGCGAAAACUCAUACCUUUUUGAUUAGUUAGUUUGCCUCAGCGAACCUGUACAUACUUGCUAUCGAGGCUCCCCACGAGCCUCAUUGCUACGUUUGUGUAUAGCCCAGACGGGAUUAUGGAAGGUUAGGCAGCCCAUGAUAAUGUGUCGGGCUAUGGGUCAGAAGGGGAAGCGGAGAAACAAGCGAUACCCAAGGGCGAUGCUGCAAGUUUUUACUUUGAUUAUCCUUUCUCUCUUUGGUGGAGAGAAGGGCCCUUGUUUAUGACGAAAGAUCAAACGACGUCCAAGAUUUGGUAUGAAAAAUUCACGACGCAUCAAGAAGAUCAGUUGAGCUGCGUUUGCUACGUUUCCUGACCCGCGGGCUUUGGGCAUGUCAUGUGUCAUGACUAAGUACCUCCCUUUUCGGAAUCAAGACAUGGUGUGAUGACGCAAAGCCACAACAAAAGUCGCCAAUUUUGAAC